CCAGGGCAGCAUGCCAGCUGUAUCAUCUCUGGUCAAUACAAAAAAAAACUCAAGCCCAUCAAACUUUUUUAAGUUGUUAUUUUUGCAAUCUUCACGAAAUUUGUUUACAAACAAAACCGAACCGAAUGUCGGCGUCUGCGGAGGGUCUGGCUGCACUGGACAAAUACGGUGAUGAGGACAUCUUCACCCUUCUGAUCCGAUACGGACUUUAUGUGGGGGCCCUGUUUCAGUUCGUUUGCAUCUCAGCCGCAGUGCUGAUGGAAAAUAAUUCGGAUAGUAAUCAGGAGUCCGGCGAAGUGGCGGAACGGGAGGGUGAACCAGUACGUACGCGGCUCCACAAGAUUCGCAAGAUGGAGAAAAAGAAGCGGCGCUAGAUCUAGAUGUAUCAUUAGCACAUACUUAGCCUAAAUACACUCGAAUGCAUUCAAUAAGCGAAAAAUAAAACAUAGUUAAUAGGAGUAUCCACAGAAA